AUGACAGACCCCAACAAGGUAAUCAUCAACGUGGCCCUCUUUGGCAUGACUUAGAGUGGGAAAAGUUCUGCUGGAAACAUUCUGCUGGGAAGCACAGACUUUCACAGCAGCUUUGCUCCCUGUUCUGUGACCACAUGUUGUAGCCUGGGCCGCAGUUGUCACCUCCAUAGCUUCAUGCGUCGAGGGGGUCGAGAGGUAACCCUGCAAGUCCAAGUGUUGGACACUCCAGGUUAUCCACACAGCACGCUGAGCAAGAAGCAUGUGAAACAGGAAGUCAAAGAGGCUCUGGCACAUCACUUCGGACAAGAGGGUCUCCACCUUGCACUCCUGGUUCAGAGAGCAGAUGUACCUUUCUGUGGGCAGGAAGUAACUGACCCAGUCCAGAUGAUCCAGGAACUUCUUGGGCAUGCUUGGAUGAAUUACACAGCCAUUCUUUUUACCCAUGCAGAAAAAAUAGAAGAGGCUGGGUUUACUGAAGAUAAAUAUGUACAUGAGGCCUCUGAUACCCUGAUAACACUGCUAAAUUCUAUUCAGCACAAAUAUAUUUUCCAGUAUAAAAAAGGAAAAUCACUCAAUGAACAACGAAUGAAAAUCUUAGAAAGAAUCAUGGAAUUUAUAAAAAAGAAUUGUUACCAAGUUCUUACCUUUAAAUGA